AUGGCUCCUGACCACUCUCCAUCGACAGCGCAUGCCGGCACGAAGAGGCCACAUUCCGCCUCGCCACAAGAGGAGCACAUACCGACGAAAAGACAACGAGUACACCACAAGCUACGACAUGUCCAGAAGCGACCCAACAAUGUCGAGCCUGCGCCGCAAGAUCCAGUCUUCGCGCAGGGCCAGCUACUCAAGAGCAUCAGCGCCGCGCUCGUGAUGGCUGGGUUCGACAGCGUGAAGCCGUCAGCAUUGGAGAUGUUCAGAUCGCACGUGGAGGAGUACAUGCUACACUUUCUCGCAGACGCGAGGACGUCCAUGUUCGAUGGACGAAGGACUACACCCAUUGCUCUCGACUUCGCUUCCGCGCUGGCUCGCAACGAUGCCACACACACAGCAUCCCUGCUGAAGCCACAGCUCGAGCUACAGAUACCCGAAGACAUCUCAUGUCCAACAAUAGCCGAGCCAGAUCCAGCACCUCCUCCUGCGCCGGAUUUCUCAAGUUUACUGCAGCCUCUCAUGACUCCAAACCCACCCGCCUACAUACCACGCCACUUUCCUCCGCUACCGCCGCAACACGCCUGGAAGAAGACCCCAGUCUUCCCCAACAGAGAGACGGAUUCGCGAAAGAUGCGCGAGAAGGCAACAGCGGAAGGCAUGCUGGCAGAGCAGGCGCUUAGAAAGCUCGCAGCGGCAGCAAAAACGGGCGCACUGAAUGCGGAAAAGAGACGAGGAAGUGUGCUCAGUGGAGCAGGAAAGGCUAGGGAGGCUCCUGUACCACAGAAGGCAAAGAAACGGCCACAUGAGGAUACCUUUGCGGAAGUGCUGAAGGACAUCGGAGGUCUAGACGAGUCGGUAGAUCUUGCUGGGGAGGGUGUUGGUGCUGGAGACAAGGACGAUGUGGACUUGGGUAUGCCUGAAGGUGUGGUCGUGAACCACAACAUGACACACUGGAGAAAGCACGGCCAUCGAAAGACAACAAGGGGUUGA